AUGCGCCUCUCUGGCCUCCAGAAGGAGGUUCUGGGCCUCUACCGCCACUGUCUUCGCGAGAGCCGCAAGAAGCCCGAGGCCACUAGACCGCAUUUUCGAGCUUUUGCGAGGGCAGAGUUUGCAAAGAGCCUCAGCAUCGACAAGCGAGAUUUUGCUGCCAUUGAGUUUCUCCUGCGCAAAGGGAAACGCCAGCUAGAAGUGUACUCGUCUCCUGGAAUUAAGGACAUUCGGUAG